AUGGCAACUCUAAGCCACCAGCAUUCGGACCAUUUGCCCGAACUUAUCGAAGUUAUGAAGAACUAUGCCUUGGGGCAGGCAAAAAAGGAUACGGAGAAGCGGCGGAGGAGAGCAAAAACGGAAUACAGGAAGACACAGAGGUUCAUCGAAAAAGAGGACCUCAGGAGACAGACUAAAAUUAACAAGGAUUUCGAUAAACUCCUUAAGCGGGAGAAAAAGGAAGCGACCAAAAGAUGGAAAAGGGAGAUCAAGAGCACCGUGGAUCAGUUCCGCAGACGCAGAAAGCAGAUUGAGAUCGACGCACGGAAGGCGACGAGGGAGGCGAGGACAUGGGAACGCGAAAUCAGGAAGGAGGUGAAGGAACGACGAAAAGAGGUCUCCGACUGGAAGGCCGAAGCUCAAAAGUGGAAGAAGGAAUCGCAAAGGUUGAGGAGGAGCGAGAAAGCACGGGAGAGACGCGCCGAACAAAACCGUAGGAUCAGAGAGGGUAAGUGGAAAGGCAAGAGGAAGUUUGGUCAGCUUCAGCUAAAACUGGAGGACAAGCUGAGUAAGAUUUGGGGCAAACGAAGUAAAUUGAGUUUCACCCCAGUCAUUACAGACACCAAGCAUGCACACGGUAAAACGGUAAGUGAGUACACGAUUUCCGUGACCGCUCCGACCCAUAAGCAGGUCCUGUCCCUGUCGAAAGAGGAAGUUCUGAAACUGAUCGAGUCCGUGAAGAAGCCGGUGAAAGUUCAGAUUCAGUUGGAAUGCAUCAUGGAAAAGACGGAUCCUAUCACGGGAGAGGUGACGACGGACAGCUCUUAUCCAAGUAAUUUUACAUCCAACAUCUUUCCUACAACCAACAUCUCGGAAAAGUAUGACGAAGGAUCGGGAAAGAUUUCAAACGACAUUUCCAAAUAUCAGAGGAGCGGAUCGGGAUGGACUUUGAAGAAAGUUGUAAGGAUGAUCAUAAAGAUUACGAAGUAUCAGAUUAUGAGGGGAGCCGAAUUUUCGGAACUUCCCAAAUUUAUUACCAGCAAGAAAACGGUCAUCAACAUAAAAAAUGAAGACGAUAUGUGCUUCAAGUACGCGAUCACACGUGCGCUACAUCCGGUGGAGAAAAAAGCGAACGUUGUUAGCAAGAUUCUCAGGAAGCAAAUCGAAAAGUAUAACUGGGAAGGACUGACAUUUCCUGUUGCUGUAAAGGAUGUGAAAACAUUUUAA